AUGAAUCGCGAUGUUUCUUUAUGGGCAAAAACGUGCAUACUAUGUCAACGUUCUAAAGUUAACAGACAUACGGUAUCGAAUUUGACUAAGUUUUCGGAAGUAGAUCGUUUCGAGCAUGUGCACAUCGAUAUCGUUGGCCCUCUUGAGAUUUCACCAGAUGGUUAUAGAUACUUACUCACGAUAAUUGAUAGGAGAACUAGGUGGGCCGAAGCAUUUCCGUUACGCGACAUUACGGCAGAAACUGUUGCCAAACAUUUAUAUGAGGGUUGGAUUUGUCGUUACGGUUGCCCGAUGAAGUUAACUAGCGACCAAGGUCGCCAGUUUGAGAGUAGUCUUUUUAACCAGCUGUUAAAAAUGUUGGGGGUUAAAAGAAUUCGAACUACUCCUUAUCACCCGCAAAGCAAUGGCGCAGUCGAACGUUGGCAUCGUUCUUUAAAGACAGCACUUUCGACUCGCCUGUCACAUGGAUCUUGGGUGGAAGAGCUACCCACGGUAUUACUGGGGCUUCGCGCGGCCGGCCGCAGCGAUUCAGGGGUUAGCGCCGCCGAGUUAACUUUCGGACGAAACUUACGUCUACCAGGAGACUUUUAUGGCAAUUCUUCGAACAACUGUAAUGUCAACGACUAUUGUUUAGUAGAUAAGAUUAGAGAUACUAUUCGUAGUUAUAAGCCUACAUCCGACAAUUCACGUAACUGUCAAAGUUUUUUUGUGCACAAAGACUUACGUAACUGUGAAUAUGUCUUUGUUCGGGACGAUUCAAUACGUAAACCUUUGAAACCACCCUACGACGGUCCAUAUCGCGUGAUAAAAAGGGCUUCAAAAGUUUACCUAAUUCAAUUACCCGAUAGGCAGGUACAUAUUUCUAUUGACAGAUUAAAGCCUGCAUAUGUGUUAAAGGAAUGCGAUGGUAACAUAAUAACGCCAAGCGACAGUAACGCUGACAACGCAGCGGAUGUGGUGCCUGCGCAUGUACGGUUCGCGUUACCGCCGCCCACACCGGUGACAUCGUCGUCGCCCGGCCCUAGCAACCCGAUAAGCGUGAAAACAACGCGAAGUGGUCGCAUUGUUAAAUUACCUUCACGAUUUAAUAUAAGUUAG